UACGUCUACCUUGAGCUCAAGGCUAGUUUCCAGUUAGGAAAAGUACUCAGGGAAAGAUUUCAAACGAUUUCGAGUUAAAUAAAAACAUGAAUUUCGGAAUUUUAACCUUCCUUUUGUGGCUUUUUGGUGUAAUUUUUGCGGGAUUUUUUUGUCUGCUCUUGGGUUUCAUGCUAUAUCUGCAUUAUUUACACCAAUGCUACGCUCAUUUGCCAGGACCACCUCGUUCAAGUUUCAUACUUGGCAACCUUCCAGACAUAUGGAAAUACAAGAAAGCGACAGGCAGAACAUUUAGUGAAUUUGUGAUGGAGCAACGAUUCAAGUUUGGAUCUAUCUUUGUGCUUACAUUGUUUCACAGACCUAUGGUAUAUCUUGCUGAUCCAAGCUAUGUUCGUCAAGUAUUUAUAGAUAACCACAGAUAUCUACAUAAGUCAUCUUUUGUUUAUGAUAAAGUAGGAUUUGUAUUCGGUGAGAGAGCUUUCGGAUAUGGCUUAGUUACAAAUACAGACGAGUCUUCGUGGCGUAAGAGACGACAUAUUAUGAACCCAGCUUUUCACCGAAAAUGCUUGAAGGAUUUCAUGUCCAAUUUCAACAACAUUUCCACACGAUUUUUAGUAAACAUGGGCAAGGUAGCUGAUAGUGGUGCACAUGUUAGUAUGGUGGAAGAGUUUUCAAAAGUUACACUUGAAGCUAUAAGUCAAGUGUCAUUCAACAUCAAUACCAAUGCAAUAGAAGAUCCAGAAUCACCAUUUCCCUCAGCAAUUCGUAACUACCUCAAGGGAGUACAAGAACAACUUGACUUUCCCUUGAGCGCUAGAUUUCUUGCAAUUUUUCAAUUUAAACUAUUUCAGAAGGAUUCCCAAAGAGUAAUAAUAAAUUCAGCACGGUUUCUUCGAAAAUUUGCUUCAGAUUGUAUUUCAGCUCGACAGCAGGCCAUUGAUGAAAAAAGGGAUGUACCUAAUGACUUACUCAGUCUUCUAAUUAAUGAUGGUAGCCUAACAAAGGAGGAGAUAAUUGACGAAUUUUUAACAAUUUUUUUUGCUGGUCAAGAAACAACAGCAAACUCAUUAGCAUUUACCUUAUAUGAAAUCUUGAGCAACCCUCAUGUUGAAGCAAAGCUUUUGAAUGAAAUCAAAGAAGUGCUGGGUGACAGAGAGGAAGUUGAGUUUGAAGAUUUAGCAAAACUCAAAUUCACUGGCCAGGUUUUGGAGGAAAGUCUACGAAAACACCCUAUCACAGCAGGUGCACUAUCUAGGAUUUUAGAAAAAGAGAUAACAGUUGGAGGUUAUCAUAUACCAAAGGGAAGUGUUAUUUCUUCCAAUAACCUUUUCUUUGCAAUGGAUCCAAAAAUUUGGAAGGACCCUGAAAUUUUUGACCCUGAGAGAUUUGUUGAUCCUGCAAGCAUUCCAAAUUUAAGCAUGACUCAUUUUCCUUUUUCUGUUGGUCCUCGAAAUUGUAUUGGGCAAACAUUUGCAAAGUUUCAGUCCAAAGUCAUCCUGGUGAAACUUCUUCAAAAGUUUCAAUUUAAACUUCUGCCCAAUCAAACUGAUCGAAUGCUCCAAAAGAUGACCACGAAACCUCGGGAUGGUGUCGUGUGUAAAGUGAACAAUCGUAAGAAUCAUUAAUUCUUAUGGAUAAUUAAUUUUUGACGUCAAAUGCAUAAUAAAUUCACUAUUUUUUUAAUUUUCAUUAAUAAUUUUUUUCACUUUCUUUUGAUUGAAAUCGUACUGUAGAAGGGCAUGUAUAAAUACAUGUUUGUUAGUACAAAUAUGAAAGUCAAAGAUGAAAUUGGUUAAUUUAUUAUUAUACUGUAUCCUAUACUAUAUUAUGUUAUACUAUUAUUCUGCUAUAUAAAUUUAUAUAGUUCUGAAUGUGAAGUGAUUUGAUUAC